AUGGGUCCUUUCCAAACCACAGCUGCAGAUUUAUUGGGGAAGCUGGAUGAUGCCAGCACUCAGCUCAUCGCAUCUCUAAAUGGUUACUGGAAGCCAGGGCGAGAUUACACUGACCGUGUGGUCGUAGGACGCGAUUCUUUAAUCUUAACAAAUGCUAACUUCAAUGACAACGGACAUUAUGAGUUUACCUGCAACAGGAAACACUUGGAAGCUUACAAGCUGGAGGUAUUUGUGCCCUCUGAAGUUGCUGUAUCCGAGGGUGGGGAUGCCAUCCUCCCGUGUCGCUCUGUCACAGCGGGCCAGUCGGUGAAGUCUGCGCGCUGGAGGAGAAACGGGGAAGUACUGCUGGAGCUGAAUGGUCGGACAGGGGGAAUCACAUACGGGAAUCACUUUAACAGAAGCCGGGUAUCGAUACCAUCUGACUGGGACCGACGGGCAGACCUGUCCCUCACCAUAAAGGGAGCUCAGCAACAAGACGGAGGAGUUUAUUACUGUGAUGUAGAGAAGGCCGAGAAACACCGCUCUGCUGUGCGCCUGCGAGUGUGCAAACCACCGGAGUCCUACCACUGGAUAUGGAUCACAAUCAUCAUAACAGCAGCUGUGACAUCUGUGAUUGGUUUUACUCUCAAGUUCUUUUGGGGCUGGAGAGAGAAGACCAAGGGUGUACAUGCAUGAAGAGAGCAGAGGAGACAGUGCCCGAAACAGUCCACUAAAUGACCAAUCAUUUAUAAUCAGGAGGAAAGCACAUCUCUAAAAAUUGCCCUGCCAAGUCUUCUGAUGUUAUACUGCCUGUAAAAAUGAAUAGAAAUAACUUUUUGUAGUGCAUUACUUUUAGUACCAAAGUCCAAACCCGAACCUUUAUUUCACUGUGUAAUGAAAGUCAUCAUGGCAAAAUAAACAGCAGAUAUCUGCAUACUGCUAACUUACAGUAUAAAGAUAAAAGAAUACACAGAUACAGAGAUUUCUUUCUAGCUUUUGACUUAUUGAUUUAUUUGUGUCUUCUUCUUCUUGGCAGCUCUUCACUUGGUACAGUUGAAGGUCUGUCCUGAGAGAGAAGGUAUAGCUUGGUUAUAGCAACAGCUAAUAAUCAAUUUAUUUGAUUUCUUCAUUGAUCUGUAAGAGGCUGGAGCUUAUGGUUAAUGAAUUCAACAGUCUGGGUCGAGUAGUUAAAUUUAUUAUCAUUGUGUUGAGGACAAAAGAGUCUUCAGGCCUCCAAAAGACCUUUUAAAGGUUCCAGGUGCCACCAAGUGUGACUGAGCAGGAGACUGAAUGUAGAUAUAAAUGUUCAUUUCAGAUUAUUGGCUGUAGGGUAAGGUUUCUAUUAUGAUUUAAUGCCAACAAGUUUAGCUUAGUUCCUUAGUUUAUUUGAUGAGGACACCCGGUGUACUGCUGUGGUUUGUGGGUCAGUUGGUUGCAGUCAAUGAAGGGCUUCUAGUAAAUACGAGAGGCUGUUGCUGAAACCAUAAACCACCAGCCAUGUGCUUCAUGCUUCCUCGCCUGUUAGCUUUGUGAAUUGUUGUUGUUGUUGUUUUGGA